GUUUGUACCUCCACAGUUGUUAAGCCUAGCAAGGUUCUACGUAAACUUCCACGCGUUCAACAUCUUUAUGCGAAACUGACUGGCACACUGCAGAAAGAAGAUGAUGAGUUUAAGAUUUUGUCUUCCCUGCAUCCAACUCCAGCUGUGUGUGGCCUUCCUUCAGAGGAGGCACGGGUGUUGAUAUCGAAAACUGAAAUGUUUGAUCGUGGAAUGUAUGCUGGCCCUGUUGGAUGGUUUGGUGGUGCAGAGAGUGAGUUUGCUGUGGGAAUAAGGUCAGCACUGGUUGGAAAGGAUUCUGGCGCGAUACUCUAUGCUGGAACCGGGAUCGUAGAAGGAAGCGAUUCUUCCCUAGAAUGGAAAGAACUGGAGCUGAAGACUUCACAGUUCACCAAACUGAUGAAACACGAGGCACCUCUAGUGCCAAUGAGGGAGAUAGUCGAACUCUAACUUGAAAAAGGUCAGCGAUUCUGAACAACUAUCCACACUCACUAAUGAAUGUUUUUCGUUCUCCACGACGUUUUUGGUGAAAGAAAGCAAAAGAAAAAAGAUAUAUGAUGGAGGACCAUAUUGGUCCCUCCAAUGGUAAUUAGUUGUCAAAUAUGUUCUCCAUUUUUUUCUGUACAUAACCGGCUGGCGAUCAGCCAUUAUUCGAACUGUAUGUACACGUAUAUAUAUAGAGAGACAGACAUAAAUGAUUUCUUGAGAUUGAAUGUAUUGUAAAUAUAUAUCAUUCAAUUCAUGUAAAUGAUGUAGCAGUAACAGAAUACAUUGUAAAUUACAGUAAGCUACCUUUUCUUUUGCUGACAUACCUUUUUUGUUGGUUUGA